GGAGCCCGGCGACCAGGACUCCUCCUGGGAGGAGCUGCCGACGCCGCCGCGGUCGCCGCCCCUGCCCGCCGGCCCCGGCUGGAGCUGGGGCACCGCUGCCGGGGCUGCCCGAGGGCGAGCUAUGCUGGGCGCGGGGGGCGGCGCGGGGGCUAAGGGAGCCAAGCCGUCCUUCGUCUCUUACAUCAGCCCUGAGGAAGUACACUUAAAAGAACCAGUUGAAAAGGAAGUAAAGCCUCAUUUCUUGCCAGGUGAAGUGCUGCUUUGUGAAGCAAACAUGGUUUUGAAGUGUGCACUGGAUGAUGGAUCAAAUCGUGGGACAUACGGCAAACUUAUUUGCACAAAUUUCAAGAUCUCGUUCCUUGGUGCCUGUGCUUUGGAAGAUGAACCACUGUUUAAAAAUAAAAUCAUUGGAGAAAAUGACAUCACUCUUCAGUGUGUAGACCAGCUCUACGGAAUGUAUGAUGAGAGAAGAAAACCUUUACACAAUCAACUGAGAAGAUACCCAGAGAAAAUAAUAAUCUAUUGCAAAGAUCUGAGAGUGUUUCACUUCUGUUUGAGGUACACAAAGGAGGAAGAAGUAAAAAGGAUUGUUAGUGGCAUAGUUCAUCACACACAAACGCCUAAGCUAUUUAAACGCUUGUUUCUGUUCUCAUACACACCAGCUGCACCAAAAGAUAUGGAAAUAAAGAAUCAGACAGUGAUGUUUGACACCAUAAAGGACUGGCGUCAGGAGUUGGAACGGACCAAAGGGAACCUGAAAUUCAAAGCAGUGAGUGCCAAUGAAGGAUACAGAAUUUCUAAAAAGUUGCCACCCUACUUUGUUGUUCCAAUGGCUGUCUCUGAAGACAGUCUUCUGCAGUACCAAGGACAAGGAGUUCCAAUCUGGUGCUGGUCUUGCCAUACUGGUGCUGGUCUUCUCAAAAUGUCAUCUUUCCCCAAAGAACAAGAUGACAGCAUUUCGCAAAUGCAGAAAAUCUUCUUGGAUGGAAUGUACAAGACAAUUAAUAAGCCGCCUUACGAAGCCAUGAAAAUUGAUGAGCUUUCAAGCAGUCUUCCAUCUCUGCAAGAUAUCCAAACUGCGUAUACUAGAUUUAAACAACUGUUUCUAGUAGAUAAUAGUGCAGACUUCUGGGAUACUGAUGUGAAAUGGUUUUCAUUACUGGAAAGUACAAAUUGGCAAGAAAUUGUAAGACGCUGUCUGAGAAAAGCAGUAGAGGUUAUUGACUUGCUGGAAGCACAGAAUACAAAUGUUCUCCUUGUAGAGGAGAAUGCUUCUGACCUGUGCUGUGUGAUCACCAGUCUGGUUCAGAUCAUGAUGGAUUCAUACUACAGAACAAAGCUGGGAUUUCAGAGCCUCAUUCAGAAAGAAUGGAUAAUAGGGGGACAUGCUUUUUUGAAUCGCUGCAACCAUCUCCGGCAGACUGAAAGAGAAGAGGCACCAGUUUUCUUGCUCUUCUUGGAUUGCGUCUGGCAGCUGGUUCAGCAAUAUCCACCAGCGUUUGAGUUCACAGAGACUUAUUUAACUGUCCUGUCGGAUUGCUUGUACAUACCUAUAUUUAGCACGUUCUUCUUCAAUUGUCAGCAUCAGAAAGAUUCCUCUGUGUGUGAAGGAAGCUAUGUUGCAGAAAGUGGUCCUCUUAGUUUCCUUUCAGUUUGGGAUUGGUCUGUGCAGUUUGAACCUGAAGCACUGGCUUUGCUUAAUAACCCCCUUUAUGCAGAAAAACCAAAGUUAGAAAAAAAUCAGAGGAAAACUGCACGAUUCAAGCAUCAACGGCAACUUUCUUUGCCCCUGACACAAAGCAAACCACCUCCAAAAAGAGGGUUUUUUAAGGAAGAAACAGAUCAAUUAAUUAAAAACAUUCUGGGCAAAAGAAUCAGCAAGCUGAUAACUUCUUCUGAUGAACUUCAAAGUACCUCCAGGGAGUUCUAUGAUAACUGGCAUCAUAAACCUGUUGACUUCCAUGGGCUCCUGCUGCCCCGCCUUGAAGGCCCGGGAAUCAGAGUGUGGGCACAGAGGUAUUUACGUUGGAUCCCUGAAGCUCAGCUCCCUGGUGGUGGCGCAGUUGCCACUGCAACUAAGAUCUUGGACACUAUGGAAGACGUGCAGAGCUUACAGAAGAAAGUGGAUGAAAAACACAGUCAGGUUGCAUCUUCAGAGAUGGAAACUUCCACCUUAAUGAGAAAUCCUGCUCGCUUGUCAUCCUUAUUUCCGUUUGCUCUUCUUCAAAGACAGUCCUUCAAGCCUGUCUUACCUACCAGUACUUGGAAGGACUUGGAAAGCGAGGAAGACGUGGCCAGGAGAGAUGAUGACUUUGUUGAAGUAGCUGAUGUUUGACAUGAAGUUGUGUUUGUUUGUUUUUUUUAAACUACCCAAAUAAAAAGUACUGACACUUUUGCGUUUACCAGCCUGUGGCAAGUUGGCUUGUAGUGGUGGGCUUUCCCUUCCCUAAAGCUGCCUUGUGAAUUUUUAGCACUGGAAUAUUUUUCUUUUAAAAAAACCAAUAUUUUUUAAAGACUCCUUGCAGUGGGGAUGGGAGGUGCAUAGCUGUAUUCUGAAGGCCCAUUUAAAUUCUAGUUUCCCUGUAAUGGUGGCAAGAAUUGUUAGACUGCUGUAAGACCCUGUGCAGAGGCAUAAAGGGGGCAGUAAAUACCCACAAGAGCUGGGCCUGGGCUCGAACUCUAGAUUCAUCUUAAAUUGUGUGGAGUUGCAUGGUGGUCUGGUAAUACCAUUUGCACAUUUUUAGUUUCUUUUUAAAAAUUCUGCUACUUAUUUAGUAGUCAUCACACCUUUAAUAUAAGCUGCCGGACCACACUCGCCUUUUUCUUUCAUUGACUUGUGCAUCCUGCUACUUCUGGUACACAUUUCAUUCUGUGGAAAUUAAGAGCAUAUGGAAUGAUACCUUAAAGAGGCUGUUCAAUAGUAUUCAGAAACUUAAGGUCACAAUCUCUUGUCCCUCACCAGUCUGUCUUUACACUUCCUUCGUAUGUAUUAUCCUUCUGCUUUGGUAUGUGACAUUCUGGUCAUUCACUGCCAAACACAAAAGAGUAAAACCUGAAGAUACCAGAAUAUUGAUUCCAAAUUGCAUAGGGUGCUCCGUCGGGUCUUCCUUACUAAUGCCUUCAAGGUUCCUUCUAGCUUGCACUGAGCCUCUUUAGUCGUCCUGUUGGGAGAGGCAGCUAAAGAGCUAUUUUGAGCAUGAAACUGAAUUUAUUAAUCGUUACUACUGUUAGUUGUAAGCACAGCAUUAAAGCCUACUAUGAAUGUUAAGAAGUUUGCGCGUCGGAAUUAGACUGCUGGAUGUUGCAACAGUACCUCAGUCUUUAAAAAGCCAUAUGAGAGAUGCCUGUUAAAUCUUUGGUUUUUGCAUGUGCUACGGAGAUAAUCCUACUCAGCCACUUUUCUACUUCUGUGAGAAAUGAGAUGGGCCCUCUGAAUGUAAUCAAAUCCAGAAAUAGCCCACAAGGCAGAACGUACAGCCUUUCUCCUUCGGGAAGGCUACGCUCGCCUGUGUCUGAACUUAUUGUCCCCCUUGAUGUUCUAGAUGCAAGACCUGCGCUUUACCUUGUCUUGUAUCCCUGUGCGCAGCAAGCUGAUCUGCUUUCAUUUGAAUCUGUUGUUAAGAGCAAAAACUUAGUCUCCUGGCAUGAGAUGGGGGUUCUGAAGAAGUAGAUAAGUCGGUGUUGCUGAAUGCCAAACAGGAACCUCUUGCACCCGCGAUGCCUUACGGAUCACAGUACAGUGGGGCUUCCUGAGCUUUCAGUAUUUUUUUUUAAAAUGUUCAGUUCUGUUUGUAUAUUGACUGCCUUAAAGCUAUUGCACAAUUUUCCUUGAGAGGCUCCUCAGUGUUCUGCGAUAACAGCUGUUCUGUGGCUGGUAUAGACCAUAUGUGUCCAUUGAUUAUGAUUUAUUUAAAAACACUAACAUUGGAAAAUGUAAUUUUCUUAAAUAUGAUAAUCAGUUGUAAUAUAUUGAUAAUGGAAACAUAUUUAUCGAAGCUGUCAAGUGUCUUGGGUUUAUAGGAAACUUUCAAAUCGUUAUGUAUAUAUGGAGGAAUUUUUAUAAAGGUUUAUAGAAUCACUUCACUUUAAUGGGAAAGGGCACACAAUUGAUAAAUGUCCAAAACACAGCACUAUAGGGUUGAAAAUAGAUGUAACUGUCCCCAAAGGUAUUGUAUUAAUUCCUCCAGUUUUUACACUGAAUUCAAACUUGUAGCUUUAACAGAACUUUUUAAGGAUAACUCUAGUAACUCUAAAUAGGUUAUUUAGACAUAUGAACUUGUUUAAUAAAAUGUACUUUUUACUGUA